CGCAUGACCGCGAAGCCCCCGUCCCCCCUACCAUUCCAUCCCACCACCCGUCUCAUUCCCCUCCUCCGUCCACCCGCCAGCCCGCCUAACACGGCGCAAAGAGAGAGAGAGAGAGAGAGAGAGAGAGAGAGAGAGAGAGAGAGAGAGAGAGAGAGAGAGAGAGGACCCUCUUCAAACCCUAGGGAACUCAAUGAAUGCAAAUUCCACACCUUGAAGGAUUGAUCUAGCACUCUUGGCUGCUAACUGUUAGCUUGGUGGAGAUAAUGAUGGAAAGAGAGGACAGAUAUGUUAGAUUUCAGGACUGGAGAUCAGAGCAAUCUGUUAACUCAGAGAACACAGUUUCACCACGCAGACAUAGUGUAUUUAGAUCACUUAAAGAAAGAACUGGUGGAUUAUUUGCAUUCCUUGGAAACUUAUUCCAUUUUAAAACCUUGAAGAGAUCAAUGCUGGAAGACUGGAAGUCCACGCAAAAUGUUUUUCACCCACAAGGACCAUUUCUGCAAAGAUGGAACAAGAUAUUUGUGUUAUCAUGUAUUUUUGCAGUCUCUGUGGACCCAUUGUUCCUCUAUAUCCCGGUUAUCAGUGAUAAAAAUCCUUGCUGGUAUUUGGAUAGGAAGAUGAAAAUCAUUGCAAGUGUCCUGCGCUCUUUCACAGAUAUAUUUUAUGUACUCCAUAUCAUAUUCCAGUUUCGGACAGGCUUUAUCACGUCUUCCUCUACAAAUUUUGGUAGGGGUGUAUUGGUCGAGGAUAGAUAUGCAAUAGCAAAGCGGUAUCUGUCAACAUAUUUUCUGAUUGAUGUCUGUGCUGUUCUACCCCUCCCUCAGGUGAUCAUUUUGAUCGUUCUGCCUCCUCUUCAGGGCUCAAAGUUCAUGAAAGCCAAAAACAUCUUGAUGAUUAUAGUUAUAUGCCAAUAUGUACCUCGGCUAAUCCGAAUAAGGCCAUUAUAUCUUCAAAUCACUAGAUCUGCUGGGAUAAUUACAGAGACAGCAUGGGCUGGUGCUGCCUUCAAUCUAAUAAUUUACAUGCUUGCUAGUCAUGUCCUUGGAGCAGUUUGGUACUUGCUUUCUAUUCAACGCAAAGAUGCCUGCUGGAAACAGAAAUGUAGUCUAAAUCCUGACUGUAACCCUGCAUAUCUAUACUGUGGGAAUGGUGAUACAAAUGCAAAUGCUGGAAAUGUUUUCUUACAGAGUGUUUGCAUUCCAAGUAUAACCCCAGACAAUCUUCCAGACCCACUCUUUGGAAUCUAUCUGCCAGCUAUAAAUAAUGUUUCGCAAUCAACAAAUUUCUUCGCAAAAUUAUUUUACUGUGUCUGGUGGGGUCUGCAAAAUCUCAGUUCGCUUGGCCAAAACCUCAAAACAAGCACUUAUGCUUGGGAGAAUUUCUUUGCAGUUUUUGUCUCAAUAUCCGGCUUAGUUCUGUUUUCACUUCUGAUCGGUAAUAUGCAGACCUAUUUGCAGUCAGCUACUCUGAGAAUAGAAGAAACGAGAGUGAAAAGCCGCGACACAGAUCAAUGGAUGUCAUAUCGGCUUCUUCCUGAUAACCUCAAGGAGCGAAUACGGCGUUAUGAACAAUAUAGAUGGCAAGAGACAAGCGGGGUUGAUGAAGAGCACCUCCUGAUGAACCUCCCCAAGGAUCUUAGAAGGGCUAUAAAACGACAUCUUUGUUUAUCACUUCUCAAGAGGGUUCCAAUGUUUGAAAAAAUGGAUGAUCAGCUCUUGAAUGCCUUGUGCGACUGCCUAAAGCCUGUUUUGUACACAGAAGGUGGCUGCAUUGUUCGUGAGGGGGAUCCAGUAAAUGAAAUGUUCUUUAUCACGAGAGGAAACCUCAUGAGCAUGACGACAAACGGUGGAAAAACUGGCUUCUUCAACUCUGAUGUUCUGAAAAGCGGAGAUUUCUGCGGUGAGGAGCUUCUUACCUGGGCUCUUGAUCCCAACUCAGCAACCAGUCUCCCCAUCUCAACCAGGACAGUGAAGUCAAUGUCUGAAGUCGAAGCUUUUGCUUUGAUGGCUGAAGACCUGAAGUUUGUGGCCACACAGUUUCGACGGCUACACAGCAAACAGCUCCGGCACACCUUCAGGUUCUAUUCGCAGCAGUGGAGAACUUGGGCCGCUUGUUUCAUACAAGCGGCCUGGCACAGGUGCUGCAGAAAGAAGAUGGAAGAUGCUCUGCGCGAGAAGGAGGAAAGGCUGCAACUCGCGAUUGUGAACGACGGAUCCACCUCGCUCAGCUUCGGUGCGGCGAUAUACGCUUCACGUUUUGCUCGCAACAUGAUGCGGAUCCUGAGGAGAAAUGCAACCCGGAAGGCCCGGCUGCAGGAAAGGGUGCCUGCAAGGCUGUUGCAGAAGCCAGCAGAACCCAACUUUUCCGCAGAGGAGCAGUAGUUUGCAUGAAUGCCUUGAUGGUGUUAUUUUCUGCACGAUUUGUGCGGUUGCAUCGCUGAUGUUGCUUACGGUUUUCGCUAACGGUUCAAAGGCGAGCUGGGGGAUCGCAGUAGCGUGACGAUUGAAUGAUGAUAUAUUGCUACCUGGUCUAGACAGUAACACUAGAUUUGCUUGUAUAUCACAUAUAGGUGAUGGUGUGAUUUGAUUAGUAAUCUGGUCUUCUGCACUUCUGGUGAUGGAGUACUACUUUGUGCAGCCCAGUCCUCUUUGUGUUGCCAUCAGAGGAUGCAACAUAGUCCCACUGUGUUAGCAGCUGAUAAGUGUGUUUACCCCCAGAUGCAAACUCGUAUGUGGACUUACAUAACAUAGAAUUAAAUGGAUUCUUACAUUAUUUCCCUGGA